CGCAUCCCAUUCCUUCCAGGUUCGGCCGCUCCCAACCUGGCCAGAGGCUGGGGAGUAUCUAAGGCUCCCCGUGGAUUAUCGACUCCCCGCUCCAGGCAGGAGCAGUAGGCGGCGCUUGUCUCCAGCGGGCUGGCCGUCUUUGCGGUAAUAGCCGCCUCCGGCACAUUCCCCUCUGCGUGCGAGUGUGCGCGCGCGCCAUGUAAGGUUGAGGCGGCUCUACUACCUGCAUUACAGUAGCACCGGCGUGAGAAGAGGAGGAGGGGAAAGAAGGAACCUGGGAGGCAGGCGCAGCAUUGUGAGCGUCUCUCGUCGGAGCCAUUCGACGGAGAGGGAGCUCGGCUGGCGGCACAAGAGAAAGCCUGGCGGGGAGCGUGGUGGGCUUGGCCCCGGCGAAGGACUAGCGCCGGCCUUGCAGCUCACGGGCUCCGGGGAACUUGCCCGCGAAGGGGAAAGAGGGUUGCCCUUUGCUCCUGGUGGGGACGGACAGAACGAGGCUCGACGGGGCUCUCCGCCGCCACUUGCAACACCUGGAGGAAUCGAACUCGCGCGCCGCCGCCCCCCCCCCCGCCCCUAGCGCCGCCCGGCUGAGGAUGCGAGGCUCCCGCCCCGCCGGCUGCCUUGCUCUCGCCCCGCGGCCCGCCGCGGCCCCUCGCCCCGGCCCGCCGUGCCAGCUGCUGGGCUGGGCGGGGGGUUGCUAAGCUCUUUGCAUGGGGCCACUGCCGGGCUCGCUCGGUCUUUCUGUCUGCUGCUGCCGGCGGCGGCGGCGAAGGAGAAGGAGGAGGAGGAGAUGAUGCCCAGGCAGGAGCUGCCUUUGCCCGAGGGCUGGGAGGAAGCUCGCGACUACGACGGCAAAGUCUACUACAUCGACCACGCCACCAAGACCACCAGCUGGGUGGACCCGCGGGACAGGUAUACUAAACCACUAACCUUUGCUGACUGCAUAAGUGAUGAAUUACCAUUGGGAUGGGAAGAAGCAUAUGACCCCCAGGUUGGAGUCUAUUAUAUCGACCACAACACCCAAACUACCCAGAUAGAGGAUCCUCGAGUGCAAUGGCGGCGGGAGCAGGAACACAUGCUGAAGGACUACCUUGUACUGGCACAAGAAGCACUGACUGCUCAGAAGGAGAUCUACCAGGUCAAGCAACAAAGGCUUGAACUAGCACAACAAGAAUACCAACAACUUCAUGAUGUCUGGGAGCACAAGCUGGGGUCUCAGACUAGUUUAGUUUCCAGUUCCUCAUCUAGCUCAAAAUAUGACCCAGAAAUUCUUAAGGCGGAAAUUGCUACCACAAAAUCUAGGGUUAAUAAACUGAAGAGAGAAGUUGCCCACAUGAGACAGGAACUACAGUAUAAGGAAAUUGGCUUCCAAACAUUGAAGAAAAUUGAUAUGAAAAUGGCUGAUACCCAAGGUGGAUAUAAACUUGAUGAGGCACAAGCUAUCUUAAGUGAAAUGAAAGCUAUUAAGAAGGCCAUCACUUCAGGAGAGAAAGAAAAACAAGAUCUCAUUAUGAACCUUGCCAGGUUGACAGCUAAUUUUGUGACAGACAGAGGAUCACAUUCAGAAUUGUGGGCCAGCAGUAUAUCCUUGGAAGACUCCAGUUUCCCAUUGUCUAAGCAGUAUCUGGAUGCUGGUUCCCAAACUGAUGUUUCUGGAAAUUUUAUUGUGAACACGAAUAAUCAAUUGGCUGAGAAGGUGAGACUGCGCCUCCAAUAUGAAGAUGCUAAGCGAAAAAUAGCAAAUUUGAAAAUACAGUUGGCUAAAUUGGAUAGUGAGGCCUGGCCUGGUGUGCUGGAUUCUGAACGAGACCGAUUAAUGUUAAUCAAUGAGAAGGAGGAACUUCUAAAGGAAAUGAGGUUCAUUAGCCCUAGGAAGUGGACUCAGGGUGAAGUGGAAAGACUGGAGAUGGAAAGAAAACGUCUAGAAGAAGAUCUUCAGACUGCAAGAGAUACGCAAAGCAAAGCUUUAACAGAAAGAUUGAAAUUAAAUAGUAAAAGAAACCAGUUGGUCCGAGAACUAGAGGAAACAACGCGAUUAAUGGCAAUGUUGCACAUCCAGCUGAAAAACCUUUCAUCUAGCAUGCUUUCCCUGUCUUCUGGCAGCAGUCCCGGCUCUCUUGCAUCCAGCAGGGGUUCUCUGGUCACCUCAAGCCAGGAUUCUUCAACCUCAGCCAGCUUUACUGAUCUGUACAAUGAACAGUUCGAGCAGCUGGACUCUGACUACCAGAGCAAAAUGGACAUGUUACUUCUGGAGAAAGCCACUGGUUUUCGGCCUUCAGGCUGCAUCACUACUAUCCAUGAGAAUGAGGUGGUGAAAACUCAGAAAACUGAUGUUGCUAACCGUUUCCAGGCCCUGAGAUCCUUAUCUGGGACACCAAAAUCAUUGACUUCUUUGUCUCCAAGGUCAUCUCUCUCUUCUCCCUCUCCACCUUGUUCACCACUAGUGAUGGACCCAUUCUUCACAGGCGAUACCUUCACUGGUCAAAUGGAUUUUGAAGAUACUGAAAUAAACAGUGGUCUUUCUGAACUUGGCCUAAACACUGCAAGUGGCAGGAAGUACAGAAUGGAAGAAUCUAAGACUGGUGUCAAACAUCUGGACCAAGGUGUAAGUAUGGUUGAAGGAGCUGCACUGAAGACAGCCUGUGUAUCAGCUGCAGUGUCAGAUGAGUCUGUGGCUGGAGACAGUGGAGUGUACGAAGCAUCUGUGCAAAGACCUUGUGUGCCAGAAGCUGUUGUGUUUGACAACGAAGAUGCAACUAAGACUGCUAAAGUUCAAAUUUCAAUGAAGUAUGAUGAGAAAAAUAAGCAGUUUGCAAUAUUAGUUGCCCAGAUGAAUAAUGUGCCUGUUCUCCUGCCACAGCAAGACCAGAAAGUGAGUGUUCGUGUGGCUAUUCUUCCUUCUUCUGAAAGCACAAGCUGUUUGUUCCGCACAAGCCUAAUGGAAGCAUCAGACAAUCUAAUUUACAAUGAAUUAUUUUGCGUUGCAAUCCCUUAUUCUGUAUUACGACAGAAGACAUUAAGGAUUGAUGUCUGCGCUUUGAAUAAGUACCACCUUGAAGAGUGCUUGGGAGGUGCACAAAUUAGCCUCGCUGAGACUUGCAAAUCUGGAGAGAGGUCAACGCGUUGGUAUAACCUCCUUAGCUAUAAAUACCUGCACGCUCAAAGUAAAAAUAAGCAAGAUGAUAUCUGUUCCAAACUACCCUGCACUGAAAAAAUGGACUCUGUAUCUGCACUGCUGGAACAGACUGCUGUUGAACUCGAAGCUGUAGAGAAAAAGCUAGAAGAAGGCAGAAGCACUUUACUUACUAGUGAGAACUGGCAAGAUGAAGAAGAUGCUGAGCAAGAUGGCAACAGUGAAAAUGAAGAAGAAGGAGGAGGAGGAGGGUUUUAUAGUGGAAGGGCAAUAUGGGAAACAGAAGAGACCACAUCCUUGUCACCGGCUGAGUCAGCAGCCAUCAAGGUGGAUAAAGAGACCAACACAGAGAGCCUUGCACAAUCUUCUGCAGUAGUUCGUCCAAAAGAUAAAAGAACUUCUAACCCUCUACGAACUCCUUUUGUUAGAGGCAGCACUAUUAUCCGUUCCAAAACCUUUUCUCCAGGACCACAGAGCCAGUAUGUGUGUCGGCUUAAUCGCAGUGAUAGUGAUAGUUCAACACUAUCAAAGAAGCCACCCUUUGUUCGAAAUGCUGUGGAGAGGCGAAGUGUCAGGAUGAAAAGGUCUUCUGUUAGAUCCACUGGAGGUGAGCGUCUAAUCCGUACCUCACUGGAUCUGGAAUUGGACUUGCAGGCUUCAAAGACCUGGCACAAUCAGCUGGUUCAAGAGAUCUCUGUCCUCAAGCAGCUGAAAGAACAGCUGGAACAAGCUCAAAGUCAGGGGGAAAAGGAACUACCCCGGUGCAUAGACAAAGAUGAACAAUUUCAGAUGCUGAUGAAACUGGUAGAGAAACAGGUGGAAAAAGUCGAAUGUAAGUGCGAGCUCAAAGCUAAUAAAAUGAUGAGAGCAGCUGCUAAAGAUGUGCAUAGGCUACGAGGCCAGAGUCGAAAGGAGCCUCUAGAGGUGCAGUCAUUCAGAGAGAAAAUGGCAUUUUUCACACGGCCGAGGAUAAACAUUCCUGCUCUCUCUGUGGAUGAUGUUUAAUGUCUAUUUAAGUAUUUCUUUUCAAACCACUUCAGAAAAGUAUAAUUUUUGUUUCACUGAAGUUUAUUUAUGUGGUAUUACAAAGGUACCAAGUCAUUUGUAUGUUGCAGCUCCAUGUCCAGAUUUUUAGCUUUCUCCUUGUCCCACCAUUAAAAUGACUUGAUUAUAUAGUUUGUAUAUUUAGCAAUGUAUUUUUGGGAAAGAUUUUUUUAAAUAUGAACAAAUUCAGCUCAACAUUUUUGUUUUAAUAAAUUCCAUUUAGAUGUUUUGUACAGCUCUACUUUUUUAAAAAAGAGGUCUUACCACAAUAAAUUUGAAUCUGAGACAGCAAGAAUUCUUUGAUUCUUAAAUAUAUCCCAGUUCUUAUACAGCUAGCUUUUGCUAAUUUAAAUAUUUUUGUACCCAACAGAAGAGGAAAUAAGUUUUUUUUAAAAAAAAGAGCUGUAAAUGAGCGCUCUGUGAGCUAUGAAACACUUCAGUUUCUUUCCAAGUCAUAAAAAUGGGUGUG